GUAAAAUUGAUGUCACCGUAACACCGUUAGUAUCCACAACUCUGAAUCAUCCUGAAAGCAAGAAAACAAAGCAGCAGUUUUGUUUAUUAGUUCGAGAUGAUAAGAAUCAUAUAAUCUCAUCCGAGCCCAAAGUUACAGUCUUUCAAACCAAACUUUUCUUCGGUUUAAUCUCAUGGGUUCCCCAGAUACCGUUAAUCUUGCCCGGAACUUCGCCGUUAUGGUCAGAGUCACCGGCCCUGACCCAAAAGGCGUUAAGAUGAGAAAACAUGCUUUUCAUCAUUACAAUUCUGGAAAGACAACACUUUCAGCUUCUGGGAUGUUGUUGCCUGAUACCCUUUUUGAUGCUGACUUGGCAAAGAAAGUCUUGGGCUUUGAUGGUGUUGAGGGCCAGGUUCUGGUUCUUGUUGUGACUGUUGCUUCUGUUGUUGAGUCCUUUUUGUCGUUGCAACAUAGAGAGAGGAGUGAUCAGGGUCGACCAGAGAUGAUUGCUGGUGCUCAAAUUGAUGUUAUGAUAGAUGAAAUGGUGGAGAGAGUGGCUGAGGGAAAUUUUGAUGGAGGAGGUUCUCGGUGGCAUAGUGCUCAACUUUUAAGAUUGGUUGAUGUUCCUGCAUCUUCACGCGCACUCCAAUCACUAGUUGAAUCCUCUUCAGGGACACUGGAACAUGGAUGGGAGGUUGGUUGGUCUCUGGCCUCACAUGAUAAUGGUCCUCGGGCUUUUAAGGAAGUGAUUCCGGCACAGGAGGGCAAGAAGCAUAUGGUAAUAGGGGAAUCUGGUGAUCCAAGCGUCGUGAGCAAAACAACUACUAGAAUUGCACUUCUUGGAGUCUUUUUAUAUUUGAAGGAUCUGCCAAUCAUUACGGUAUCACCUUCAAUUAAUAGGGGGGACUCUCUUUUAACAGUGGGUUCUCCUUUUGGUAUUCUUUCGCCCGUGCACUUUUUUAACAGCUUGUCAAUGGGAUCUAUUGCCAACUGUUAUCCAGCUAGAUCAUCUAAUGUUUCUUUGCUGAUGGCUGAUAUUCGGUGUCUACCAGGAAUGGAAGGUUCUCCAGUUUUUGGUGAAUGUGGACAUUUCAUUGGUAUAUUGACUAGACCAUUGAGGCAAAAGUGUACUGGUGCUGAAAUUCAGCUGAUGAUACCAUGGGAAGCCGUUGCAACUGCUUGCAGUGACUUGCUGCUGAAGGAGCCUCAAAAUGAAGAAAAAGGAACCACAAUUAACAAGAAUAAUUUUGAUGCUGUAGGAAAUGCACACAGCCAUGGGUCAGAUGUACCCCUUAGAUAUAAGUAUGAACAAUUUGAUUCUCAUAGCUCGUCACCCCUACCAGUUGAGAAGGUGAUGACUUCCAUUUGUCUUAUCACCAUUGAUGAAGGUGUAUGGGCAUCCGGCGUUCUGCUGAAUGAUCAAGGCCUAAUACUCACAAAUGCUCACUUGUUAGAACCAUGGAGAUUUGGAAAAACAACUGUCAAUGGUGGAAGAAAUGGAAUGAAGUCUGGAGAACUUUUCAUCCCACCUGAAGUAUCUGUAUUUUCCGGGCGUGGCAACGUUGAUAGCUACAGGGAGAGUCAGAGGGUACCGUCAAAAACGGCGAAGAUCACGGGUUCCUCUUUAAUUGAUCAGAAUAAGAGAUACGAAUUUAGUUUUUCUUACAGUGUCCAUAGAAACAUAAGAGUUCGCUUGGAUCAUGUUAACCCUUGGAUUUGGUGUGAUGCUAAAAUAGUUUAUGUUUCAAAAGGACCUCUGGAUGUUGCCCUACUGCAGCUUGAAUAUGUUCCAGAUCAGCUUUGCCCUAUCAAGGUGGAUUUUUCCUGCCCGAAUUUGGGAUCAAAGGCGUAUGUUAUCGGACAUGGACUGUUUGGACCAAGAUGUGGCUUUUCCCCUUCUGUUUGCUCUGGAGUGGUAGCAAAAAUAGUUAAAGUGGAAGCACCUCCACUUCAUCGAUCCAUCCAAGGAGGGGAUUUAUGUAUUCCUGCAAUGCUUGAAACAACUGCUGCUGUCCACCCUGGUGCUAGUGGUGGUGCUGUCAUCAAUUCAGAAGGUCAUAUGAUUGGACUUGUUACCAGCAAUGCAAGGCAUGGGGGAGGGACAGUUAUACCACAUCUCAACUUCAGCAUUCCUUGUGCACUAUUGGCGCCGAUUUUUGAGUUUGCAAGAGAUAUGCAGGAUAUAUCACUUCUGCAGAAACUCGACGAACCUAAUCAGCAACUUUCUUCGGUGUGGGCGUUGAUGCCAUCAUUCUCUCCUAAGCCAACUCCUCCUUUGCCUAAUCUUCCGGAAUCACUGUUCGAAGGUAACGAAAAACAAGCAAGAGGUUCCAAAUUUGCAAAUUUCAUAGCCGAACGAGACAAGAUUUUGAGAAGCUCAACUCAACUAGCUAAGGUAGAGAGUAUAUCAGAUGAGAUUUUUCCUAGCAAAUUAUGACAAUGUCAUAGAUAUAAUCAGCAUGAACGCCACAUUUUAUAUGCCACACAAAGAAUGGUAAUCAAGAAAGUGCCUUUAGGUGCUUGAUAUUUGUACUUUACUUAAAUUUGUAUACAAACCUUCUAAAAAAGAAAAAGAUUGUAUACAGACACGAGAGCUAUUCUAUAAAUUUUCUGCAUGUCA